AUCAUCACCCAGUACCAUCGACAGGAACCCCCAGUCGCGAAACGCGAUAUAGCCUCUUCAAUAUUUCCAAUAGCCGAGGACGAUUGACGACCCUCGACUUCCGGAAAUAUGGCUAUGUGGCCUUUCCGUCGCAGGGGCUCGCGUAGACGUUCCCGAACACCUGCCGCCGAUUCCGACGCAGAUACUACGGGACGUGGUCGUCAAUACCAACCGCCAUCACGAAGUCAAACCGAGCCCAUCAAUAUUGCGACAGGCCCCGAGGCCCCAAGAGGAAAGCGAGAUGGUCCCAACAAGUUACAACGGCGGCCCCGUACCUACAGCUUUUCUCCAGGUCGACGAGAUUCUUUGCGCGUCACAAAGACUAAGAAAGGUCCGGUUGCGUCAAUGCCUCCUACACUCAACUCGGCUGCUGUGGACGAUGCUUUAAGGAAUCAUGGAUCCAAUGAUGACCUCGCAACUCGAGUACCUACUCUGCACCAUGACAAUUCCCGAAAUAAGCGGAGGGGUCAGCCUCUACCACGAAAGAAGUCGAGCAAACGACGGAAGGAGGACCAUGAUCGGGAAGCUGAAAUCAAAGCCAUGAGCCAAUUUAUGCCAGUACGUCCUGCUACGGAUAUGUGGACAGCAGGCCGCCCGAUGAAAAGGGAGAGCAAACGAGCUAGACCAGGCCCGAACAGAAGCUGGGACGAACAACCCUCUGAUAUUUCGUUACCUCUCCCUGGUUCUAUUCAUUCAGCCAUGUCAUCAGACUCCGAGCAACUUUCUUGGAAGGUCUCUGCCCUAGAAGCACUCGCACCUCGCCCGACACUACGAUGUGCUUCGAAUCCAAUUUACGGGCCGGCUGCUGGUGCCGGGUUAACGCGGUCUCAGUCGACAAGACGUAAGCUUGCUGAUAGAGGCACAAUUCCCGAGGCAACGUUGAAGGCCCACAAGAGGAUCGACGACUUGGCAGAUGACUUGGACGCGUCGGGUCUUCGGGAGUUGAUGGAGCGAGACCAGCGAAGGAGGGAAAGAAAGAAGGAGAAAGAACGCGAGAGGAUAGAAAGGCGUCUUGCUAGGAAAGCAGAGAAGCAACGAGCAGCAGAGAUUGAGGCCACAAAAAGUGGCACUCCACCACCCCAAAAUCUGGAAAGGGGUGUUUUAGGCCGUGAAGCGUCCGGCGAGGGACGCGACCCGGCUUCAGUAGUUAUCACAUCAUCGAGAAGAAGGCGAUCUAAUGACUCGACUCGUCGACAAAGCGGACAACAGGAGGAACCUGAAAAACGAGAGGAUUCCCCUAAACCAUUAGAUGAGUUUCACCGCACGGAAAGCAUUCCGUUAGAGCCGUCUACUCCAGCUAAAGCUCCCGAGUCUGUAAUUGUUCCUAAAUCUAUCCCAGAACAUGUACCCUCCUCGCGCUCUUCGAGUCCAAGAAUUUUGGAUUUCAUUCGAAGGAAGUCGCGCUCGAAAUCACCAAAGGAGUCCGACCAGACGAGAAUGGAUAUUGAAUUACCAUCUCCUGCACCCACCAAGCCUGAGUACGCAGAGUCCGGCGGCAGAGCAUCUAGGGCGUCCCGAGCAUCGGAUAGCGGCUCCUCGAGACCAUGGAGAUCAUUCUUUAAAUGGGGAAAGAACAGGCGCAACUCUGGCGGUCCUUCGUCAUUCUCGAACACUUCACGAGAUUCCAUGUUAGCUGGCCCUCCACCGGCUCACACGAAUUUUGUCCCACGAAAGAUUAGCUCCAGCGUUCCUAAGAGAACUAUGUCUCGCUUCCGAGAGGAUCUUCCCGAGCUACCGAUUUCCCCGCCAGAUUCGCGUGUAGCGUCCCCUGAAGCCGAACCCUUACCGACCGAGCCUUUGCCAGCCAUCCCCGACGAUGUUCAAAUGCGUUAUGAUACCCCAACCUCAGGCCGUCGGUCCCACGAGGCUAUGCGAGCAACCCCCAUUUCUUGGCAGCGCGACGAAGUCCAAGCUUCACCGGCACCACAAUCCAUGUCGCUCGCCUCUAUUGAUUCGGAAGCGUCUUGGCUCUCUGGUCGCAUCAGCAGGAAGCGAGCUUCAUCAGGCAUAAGGAAUUCCCUACAACAAUAUACCCAACCGCCAUUUUCUGGUGGAUCCGAAGAACGUGCGUCAGACGAUGAGAAUAUUGUCGAAGAUGAAUAUAUGAAUAGCGUAGUCCCUGAAGAGUCUCGCCGCAAGUCCACUGGCGAGGCUCGCCCCAGUAGCGAUGAAGAAGACGAAGAACGCGAAGCCAAGUGGGGCGCAGUCGGCCAAACCCCUACCGUUAUGCACCAUCGAGACACCAUGCGAAGCCGAGAAGGACUCCUUCAGACCUUUGAUGACGAAGAGGACAAAGAUCUCGAGAAGUAUAGUGACGAUGAGGAAGGCCAGAGUCCUGUACAACCCCAAAGGGCAAGAAGCGUCAACUUAGACAAGGGCCAUGCUCGGAAUUUUAGCGCUGGUAGUGCCAAGUUGCUUGAGAUCUCACCUCGUGCAUCUGGCGAGAACCGAAGGAGUCAGACAAACAUCACCCAGUAGUUCUGUGCGCUGACUUGGACCAAUUGGUUCCGAAUACUGGAACAUACGAAAGAUAUGCGAUAUUAGCCAGGAGAUAUGACUUACAAUCAUUCACCAUUUCCUUGCACCCUCGGAUAGACGCCAAUGGCGCUUCGCCCACCUUCAUUUGAUAUUUUCUUACACUCGAGCUACCGACCUUCAUUCACUCAUUUCAACAUUUCCUUUACUGUUUCUCAACACAAUUGCCAAACAGAAAAAAAAAGUUGAAAAGAUCACAAAAUGUUAUCUAUCUCCUGGCCAAAUUAUCGCAAUAUCGAAUCGACACCCUCCACCUACUCG